GCCCUCCUGGUUUGAACUCGAAGCGGAAAGCACGAGUGAAAUAAGGUAACAAUCUGGCAACGUGAUCUCUGAGGGGAGCUUUUUCAGCCAGCAAAGGGGUUCAGUACAGCUUUUUUAAAAGUUGCUUUGAAAAAGACUCGUUGGAGCUCAGACUAGUUUCACUUGUCAGAAAGCGAAACUUUAACGGACACCGAGAGCAACGAUGGCGCAGAACGGAGUUCAUCUGGACCGAGAGAGUUUCUCCUGUUCAGUUUGUCUGGAUCUGCUGAAGGAUCCGGUGACGAUUCCCUGCGGACACAGCUACUGCAUAAAGUGUAUUGAAGAACACUGGAAUGAGAAGGACACUAAAGGAGUACAAAGCUGUCCUCAGUGCAGACAGACCUUCACACCGAGGCCUGUCCUGGUGAAAAGCACCAUGCUAGCGGCGUUAGCCGAACAGCUGAAGCUAACUACACUCGGAGCUUCUCCUACUGAUAACACUUAUGCUGGACCUGAAGAUGUGGCCUGUGACAUGUGCACAGGAAGGAAACUAAAAGCUGUAAAGUCGUGUUUGAUGUGUUUGGUGUCUUAUUGUGAGAAACACUUGCAGCCUCAUUACGACGUGGUUCGGCUAAAGAAGCACCAGCUGGUGCAGCCCUCCAAACAGCUCUAUGACAACAUCUGCUCCCAUCACGAUGAGGUGAUGAAGAUGUUCUGCCGCACCGACCAGCAGACCAUCUGUUACGUCUGCAUGGUGGAUGAACAUAAAGGUCACGACGUUGUUUCGGCUGCAGCAGAGAGGAAGGAGAAGCAGAAAGAUCUGGAGGUGAAGAGAGGAGAAGUCCAACAGACAAUCCAAGAUGGUGAAAGAGACAUGAAGCUCCUUCAGCAGGAAGUGGACGCCAUUAACGACUGUGCUGAUAAAGCAGUGGUGAACAACGACAGUAUCUUCUCUGAGGUGAUGCGUCUCAUUGAGAGAAGAAGCUGUGAGGUGAAGCAGCAGAUCAGAUCCCAGCAGGAAUCUGAGGUGAGUCGAGUCAGAAAUCUUCAGGAGAAGCUGGAGCAGGAGAUCUCUGAGCUGAAGAGGAAAGACUCUGAGCUGGAGCAGCUCUCACACACAGAGGACCACAACCAGUUUCUGCAGAAAUACCCCUCACUGUCUGCUUUUAGUGAGACUAGAGACUCUGUGUGUCCGUGGGCCUGCUAUGUAGACGUGACUACAGCUGUUUCAGAUCUCAAAGACAAACUUCAGGACAUUUUACGAGACAGUUGGACAAACAUCUCACUGACAGUCGCCGAAGUGGAUGCUUUCCUCCCGGAUCCAGAACCUAAAAUGAGAAAUGAAUUUCUCAAAUACUCACAAGAAAUCACUUUUGACCCAGAAACUGCUCACAAACAGCUGCUGCUAUCCGAAGGGAACAGGAAGGCGACCCUGAUGCGUAAAGAUCAGAUCCAGAGCCAUCACCCAAAGAGGUUUUCUGCGUUCUUCCAGGUGCUGAGUAAGCAGAUUCUGACUGGGCGCUGCUACUGGGAGAUGCAGUGGGCUGGACUGGGGGGCUACGUCGCAGUCGCCUGCAGGGAUGUGAAGAAAACAAAGACUUCGUUUGGGUGUAACGAAGAGUCCUGGGCUUUGUUUUGCCAAAAAGACAAAAAUCAGUUUUUGCACAACAAAAUUAAAACCCCCAUCACUGGAGAAGAUUUCUCCAGAGUGGGCGUUUACCUGGAUGAGAGUGCUGGUACUGUGUCGUUCUACAGCGUCUCGGAGGGCAUGAGGCUGCUCCACCGGGUCCAGACCAGCUUUACUCAGCCGCUCUACGCCGGAGUCCAGCUCUGGUUCCGGAUGGGAGACACCGCUGAGAUCUGUAAACUGAAAUGAGUGAAAGUUCACAGCAUGUUCAAAUCAGGAUGUAGUUUCUCUGAAGCUUUGUCUAUUUUCUGAUUGGCUCUACUUUAAUCAUUGUGCAUUUAUGCUGAUUUUGUUUUACUUUGUAGGUUUUUUUAAAAUUUGCUGGGUGUUGAUAGUAACUGACUUUAUGGAUGGUGUUGUAAUCUUUAGAUAAAAGAACAUAUUUAGUGUGACUAAAAAAUUGUGGAAAACCCUUUUAGGUUUGUUUUGUCAAAGGUGAAUCUGGAUUAGUUUGAAAAUGACACUAAACAGAUUUUAUAAAGAAAUGUGGUUUUGCUACUGAGUAAACUGGUUUUCAAGGAAAUAAAUUGUCUUUUUUUCUUUUUUUUUCCUAUUUGUGUAAAAUAUUGUAAUUUUUUCUGUGAAAAGUUAUUCUUCCCCCCUACUCCCUGCCGCUGUCAUCCUUUUGUUAAAAGGAGAGUUGGUGAUUUAGGCCAAAAAAAACCAUCUCUUUUGGCAAAAAAUUAUUUGUACCAUUUAUUUAAGGAAUACAACAGUAUCUGGAUUUCAUGUUGGUUUAGGGUUUUUUAUUUAGAAAUAUAACAU